CGGGAGAAUUCACCGGCGAGGGAGCUCCAAGCAGCGGCGGGGAGAACUCGCCGGCGAAGGAGCUCCAACCUGUGCGCAGCCGGCGGGGGAGAUCAGAGACUGACGACGUCUUCCAAGAGCACGUUAAACAGCGUGGACAAAAACCAAAUGUCUCCCUAUUCCUAUUUCCUAGAGACUGACGAGAGAAGUUUACCUCUGUCUUGGUUCUAUAGCAGCGAAGCCACCACUCCUAGAGAGACGAGCAGCGUAUGUCGUCGUCGUCCGACCUCGAGCAGCAGGUGGCCACCGCCCUCCGCCGUGUGACCCCCGUCGCCGCCGCGCCUGCUGUAGACCGUGGAGGCGCGCCGGAUCUGGCGGCGGCGAUUCAGCGCCGAAUGGCCUCGCAACGCGCCAGGGGUGCCGACGCGUUCUACGCGAAGUUCGCGUCGGCCCGGUCGCUCGCCGACCAGACCUUCUCACGCCGACGAGUACAGCUGAAGGGACUCAAGGAUCAGCUCCGGGACCUCCAGUCGCAGCUCAGGGAGUCUCUUACACUUCAGUCGUGCAAGGAAUGGAAAUACAGGAUUGCCACGGAGCCGAUGUCGGAGGCCACAGCUACGAAUGAGCGGCUCCGUAGCUGGGUUGCGGAUUUCAGGGACAAGAGGAACAAGGGUGCUGCAAUCGUAUUUGAGCAACUUCAAGCUGUCGAAUCACUUGAGGCAAACAGUAAUGAAGAUGCAGAGAUGGCGGAGAAGGUACCAAAAGCUGUUCUCUGGUACAAUAAGUUCCUUGGCUUCCGGGUGAUCGGAGGAGAAAGAGGUGUGAAGUUCGUGUUCGACAAGAUUGACCCACAGCGUCCGGAGAAGGAAUACUCGUUUCGCGUAAGUCCGAGAUCACAAUUCAUCGAUAGUGAUCCUCAUGUCAAGGACAUUGAUGAAUUGGCGAAGGAUUUGGAUUUGAACGAACAUCUAUUCGAGUUUGUAAGAAUGGCCAGAGAGAAAUUCCAGUCUCCCUUCAUGAACGAGACACUUCCUGUAAGCCCAGAUGCCUCUGCCGCACCACUCCCGUCUCCCAUGGUGGUGUCAGUUAACAGCAGAAGCGGGGAAGCUCACAGUCAAACCCAAUCUCUAAGCAAGAACAGUGCACGGUUACUUCCUGCUAAGAGAGGCGCCACAGCCCUGCCAGGAGCUUCUCCUGGUGUUUUGCGUCGUUCCCCACGUCUCGAGGGAAUGCGGUGAGCUAGUUAGUAGCCGUAGCAGGUUCCGACCCCUGGAUCUUGAACCAAGCGAUCAUCAUCAGCUCAUAUAAACCGUGGUGAUUCAGCUGCCCUUGCUUAUGGGUGGUGCUUUUUUCUCCCUUCUAAUCUAACUGGAACUUAUAGAAGUGUAUGGUUGGCAAUUGGCCGGGUACAGUGAUUAACCCUAACCUGGCCUGUAAUAUAUUGUUAUACUCUGGUCAUUAGAUGAUGAGUUCGUGAGUCGUGUCCUGGUCUGUUGUAUGGUGUCAAAUAUAUAGCAGGUGUUGUUUUUGUGUGACACCCGGAUUUAAGGGUAAAUCCGGACGUGAAUUAAAUGUGUGCUAUGAUCAAGUUUUACACAUAUGAUGAUUUAUGAU